AUGACUUCCGCCGGGGAAAAGCAACAUUACGCGAUCGCCUUGAUCAUCGAGCUGUUCAAGAACUUACCCUCGGAUAUGGUGGUUGGUAUUCUAUACGACAUAGGGUGCCAGCUAGAUCGUAGCUGCAACAAGUGGGACCUCAUCCCUGAUUUACUCCCUCGUAUCAUAUUCGCUAUUUCGGUGUUCCACGCUUACGGCCAUCAGUGGCCAUGUCAAAUUGUGUAUCAUCCGCGGAAGUGUGUAGGUUUUGGAUUCUCCGACGGAGAGGGCUGCGAGCGCCUCUGGAGUGCGCUUAAAGCCUUGAUUCCUACGUUACGCGUGUCCGGUGUAUGUGGGCGAUUUUUCUGUAUUUGUUUUCACGGUGCUCGAGUUGUUGAUGGCUUCUGGUAG